UCUUCCAGUGACCAAGAACCUGAGUGUCUGCUGCAGAAGAACCCGUGAGAUGAGGGACCCGGUGCAGGGAGGGUGCAUGGUUUCUACAGUGGCUCCAGUCAGCAGAAAGAAAUAAGACCUUUGUGUCAGACUGCAGAACCCAGUUCUACCUGCUCAACACUAAAUACCUUUAUCUAAGGCUCCGUGACGGGAGGAAGAGGGAGAAAACGGCUCAAAGAUGAGGGUGAUUCGCGUGGGGACCCGUAAGAGCCAGCUGGCUCGCAUACAGACGGACACUGUGGUGGCUAUGCUGAAAACCUUGCACCCGGGCAUGCAGUUUGAAAUCAUUGCCAUGUCUACCACGGGGGACAAGAUUCUCGAUACUGCACUCUCUAAGAUUGGAGAGAAAAGCUUGUUUACCAAGGAGCUAGAAUACGCCCUGGAGAAAAAUGAAGUGGACCUGGUUGUUCACUCGCUGAAGGAUGUGCCCACUGUACUACCUCCUGGCUUCACCAUUGGAGCCAUCUGCAAACGGGAAAAUCCUUGUGAUGCUGUUGUCUUUCACCCAAAAUUUAUUGGGAAGACUCUAGAAACCUUGCCAGAGAAAAGCGCGGUGGGAACCAGCUCCUUGAGGAGAGUGGCCCAGCUACAGAGGAAGUUCCCGCAUCUGGAAUUCAAGAGUAUUCGAGGCAACCUCAACACCCGACUGCGGAAGCUGGAUGAGCAGCAGGAGUUCAGUGCCAUUAUCCUGGCUGUGGCUGGCUUGCAGCGCAUGGGCUGGCAGAACCGGGUGGGGCAGAUCUUGCAUCCAGAGGAAUGUAUGUACGCUGUGGGCCAGGGAGCCCUAGCAGUGGAAGUCCGAGCCAAGGACCAGGAUAUCUUGGAUCUAGUGAGUGUGUUGCAUGACCCUGAGACUCUGCUUCGCUGCAUUGCUGAGAGGGCCUUUCUGAGGCACUUGGAAGGGGGCUGUAGCGUGCCAGUAGCAGUGCACACGGUGAUGAGCGAUGGACAGCUGUACCUGACUGGAGGAGUCUGGAGUCUAGACGGCUCAGAUAGCAUGCAAGAGACUAUGCAGGCCACCAUCCAGGUCCCUGUCCAGCAUGAAGAAGGUCCAGAGGAUGACCCACAGAUGGUUGGAAUCACUGCCCGGAACAUUCCAAGAGGAGCCCAGCUAGCUGCUGAGAACCUGGGCAUCAGCCUGGCCAGCUUGUUGCUGAACAAAGGAGCCAAGAACAUCCUGGAUGUUGCACGGCAGCUUAAUGAUGUGCGCUAACUGGUCUGUAGGGUCCAGGAGCCCUGGCUGCCACUUUCCAGUGCCUACAUGUCUCAAGUGCCCUGUGUUCCCUAAAUUAGGGGGUGACUAUCCCAGGAGAUUGAACCACAGGGUGUUGAGACUUCGAGAGACAUGCCUCACCUUGGGGCCUCAAUGACUGCCUUCCCCCCUAUAGUUGGGGCUUCAUCUCUUUAGAAAAAGUCCAUGCCAAUCUUUGAAUGUAACCAGUGCCACUAAUAAUUAAACCAGUUCCGAAUGUGGUUGUUUGUUUUUGUGGAGUUGGGGAAGAUAUGAAUAAACCCAAAGCCCUUUUAAACUUUAA